CUUCAUUCUCAUUUCGCUAAUUUUAUUUAUCACCACGAGCGAGCCGAAUAUCUUCACCUUCUUUACUAACGAUUAAGAUAAUAUUACUAUUAAUUUCUACUUUUGUUGACCCCGAGUUGUGACCAAUUCUGUGUUAAGAAUAAAAUGUUUGGUGGUGGAGAUUUUACGCCUGGUGCAGGCCAGCAGCAGCAACUGGGUGCAAAUACGGGGUUUGGCUUCUCGUCAGCCCCCCCGAAUGCAUCCCCCUUCACUCUCGGAAGCCCAGCGACGGCCGCUCCCACCGCGUUGGGCACCGGAGGCUUUUCGGGGUUCGGGACUCCUCAACAGCCACAACAGCAAUUAAGUGCACCAACAACUGGAUUUUCGUUUGGAGCUCCUGCCGCUACAACCACACCAGCAUCGUCCGGCUUGACCCUUGGGGGAAAUCAACCAUCUGGAUUUUCGUUUGGAACUCCUGCUACAGCAAACACACAAGCACCAACUGGCUUGACCCUUGGAGGCACUCCAACGUCUGGAUUCUCGUUCGGAGCUCCUGCUGCUGCAACCACACAAGCAUCGUCUGGUUUAACGCUUGGAGGAACUCAACCGUCUGGAUUUUCAUUUGGAACUCCUGCUGCAACAUCCACACAGGCACCAACUAGCUUGACCCUUGGGGGCACGCAACCUUCUGGGUUUUCUUUCGGAGCUGCUCCCACAACAUCCACACAAAUGUCGUCCGGUUUGACUCUGGGGGGUACACAACCAUCUGGGUUUUCAUUUGGAACUCCAAUUUCUACAACCACACAGGCAUCGUCGGGCUUGACCCUUGGAGGCACUCAGCAAUCAGGAUUUUCAUUUGGAGCCCCUGCUACAUCCACCCAAGCACCAUCCGGAUUAACUCUGGGAGGCACUCAACCGUCUGCAUUUUCAUUUGGAUCCCAAGCACCUGCAAUAAGUUCCACCGGUUUUGGAUUAAAUUUAGGAGGAACUACGGUGAGUUCGACAGCAACGCAGCCGACCCCUGUGAGUAGUACUACCUUCACUGGUCUGGGGGGUGUUCAGCCAUCUGGAGCAGGGGGAAUACAAGGAAGUGGUGGAUUUGGAGGUUCGGCAAAACCCGAAGGUCGAGCAAUCCUUGAUCUACCUGUUCCUCAAGAAAUAUUACAGAUUGUUGAAGAUUUAAAAACUCAUAUGAAAAAUCAGAAGGUUAAAAUGUCAGAAAUAUGUCGAGCCACUGACAAGAAUAUUGAAAAGGUUUCAGAAGAAGUUGAGGAGACGCGUUUGGCCGUUUCCAAUCUUUCCAAUCAAGUUAAUCGACAAGUUUUGUUCUGCAACGCCUUAAUGAAAGACAUUCAAGAGGAAAUGAAAAAUGUGGAAAUGGCAUUGAUAAUAAAAGACACGCCUCUCGCACUUCAGAACGAAAUUACAGCCCCUACUAAUUAUUUUUUUAACCUCGUGUCAAACUACCAUGAACGGAUGAUAUCUUAUAAACGUGAAAUUGAAAGGGCUGAGAUUGCUCUUAUUUCUUUAGGCCAAAAUAACGCAUUCUCACCAAAAGACUUGGUAUUAGGAUUGAAGGGAACAAAAGACACUGUUAUUGCCCUAGCUGCGAAGGUUCAAGAUCUGCACGAGCAAAUCGUAAAUGAGAUGGCCGUGAAUCGAAAUUUAAAACGUUUUCACAUUGACGAAGAAGGGGGGUCCGGACGACGGGGAGUGUCCACUGGUGUAGGCUUUCUUGUUGGUCAUGAUGAGACUCGUCGUAUUGGUACCACUUACGAUCAGGCUUACAGCAAACUAAAUGUCCUGUUUCAAACUCCUCCACGAUCUGGAGGCAAUGAAUCGUUCUAUAGACCGUCUGCAUCCAUGUCUACACCGCUGAUAAAUUCUGGUAUGACGUCUCAGCAACCAUUACUGUUUCAAACUGCUUCCAGCACAAUACUUGGUUCACCAGGAGCACUAAAAAGGACGAAACAUUGAUUAUAUUUCGUAUGUAUUAUGAACUUAUCACGACUCAUCUUUAUAUAUUUUCCAUCCCUACAAUUCUAUCUUUUAAUACUAAUAAAGAAUUGUCUAUCAAGUUAUAA